ACUGACAACUGUUACUAAGUUGAACAUCCAAGGCCGAACCCUAAUAUUACUUGUAUCUUCUUCACUCAUAUCGUUACCAGGGCGGCCAAAACCCAUUUCAACUCUUAGCAGCCUGUCUUUGUAAGAAUGGUGAGAGUCAGUGUCCUGAAUGAUGCUCUUAAGAGCAUGUAUAAUGCUGAGAAGAGGGGAAAGAGACAAGUCAUGAUCAGACCUUCUUCAAAGGUUGUUAUCAAGUUUCUUCUGGUCAUGCAGAAGCAUGGUUAUAUUGGCGAAUUUGAGUUCGUUGAUGAUCACAGAUCUGGAAAAAUUGUGGUUGAACUGAAUGGCAGGUUGAACAAGUGUGGGGUUAUUAGCCCUCGUUUCGAUGUUGGAGUCAAAGAGAUCGAGUCCUGGACUGCCAGAUUACUUCCCUCGAGACAGUUUGGAUACAUUGUUCUUACGACAUCUGCGGGCAUCAUGGAUCAUGAAGAGGCUAGGAGAAAAUAUGUUGGUGGAAAAGUUCUUGGUUUCUUUUACUAGGGAGAACAUUUUCAACUUCUUUUUCGGAAAUUUUGGGUAAUGCCAAAGGUUGUUAAAUGGCUGAACCUCCACAGUCAAACUUUAAAGUUUUUAUGUUUUGAUUUCUGCUUUUGUUGAAGAGCUUUAGUUUAACACAUGAUAAGAUUUCAGUUAUCAUUCUUGUAUCUUUACUCAAGUCGGUAUCUUGAAUUUUGGGAAAACCUUUUCAGUUUCCUUUGUUAUA